AUGAAGAGGGAAAAUCAGAGCAGUGUGUCCAAGUUCCUCCUCCUGGGACUCCCCAUCCAGCCAAAGCAGCAGGGCGUGUUCUUCACCCUGUUCCUGGGCGUGUACCUGACCACGGUGCUGGGCAACCUGCUCAUCAUUCUGCUCAUCAGGCUGGACCCUCGCCUCCACACCCCCAUGUACUUCUUCCUCAGCCACUUGGCCCUCACUGACAUCUCCUUCUCAACUGUCACCAUCCCUAAAAUGCUGAUAAACAUGCAGACUCAGGAUCAAUCCAUCCCCUAUGCAGGGUGCAUAACACAGAUGUAUUUUUUCCUAUUUUUUACUGGUCUGGAUGAUUUUCUGCUCACCUCGAUGGCCUAUGACCGGUACAUGGCCAUCUGUCACCCUCUCCACUACAGCACCAUCAUGGGACAGGGGCUGUGCACCUUACUAGUAACUGUAUCCUGGAUUCUCUCCUGUGCCAAUGCCCUGUGUCACACCCUCCUCCUGACCCGGCUCAUGAAGAGGGAGAACCAGAGCAGCAUGUCCGAGUUCCUCCUCCUGGGGCUCCCUAUCCGGCCAGAGCAGCAGGGCGGGUUCUUUGCCCUGUUCCUGGGUAUGUACCUGACCACAGUGCUGGGCAACCUGCUCAUCAUCCUGCUCAUCAGGCUAGACGUUCGUCUCCACACCGCCAUGUACUUCUUCCUCAGCCACUUGGCCCUCACUGACAUCUCCUUUUCAUCUGUCACCGUCCCUAAAAUGCUGAUAAACAUGCAGACUCAGGAUCAAUCCAUCCCCUAUGCAGGGUGCAUAACACAGAUGUAUUUUUUCAUUUUUUUUACUGGUCUGGAUGAUUUCCUACUCACCUCGAUGGCCUAUGAUCGGUACGUGGCCAUCUGUCACCCUCUCCACUACAGCACCAUCAUGGGACAGGGGCUGUGCACCUUACUAGUAACUGUAUCCUGGAUUCUCUCCUGCACCAAUGCCCUGUGUCACACCCUCCUCCUGACCCGGCUGUCCUUUUGUGCUGACCACACUAUCCCCCAUUUCUUCUGUGACCUUGGUGCCCUGCUGAAGCUCUCCUGCUCAGACACAUCCCUUAAUGAGCUGGUCAUUUUCACAGCAGGAGUGGCCGUCAUCGUCCUCCCACUAGUAUGCAUCCUGAUCUCUUAUGGACGCAUUGGGGCCACCAUCCUGAAGGUCCCCUCCGCCAAGGGGAUCUGCAAAGCAUUGUCCACAUGUGGCUCCCACCUCUCUGUGGUGUCUCUGUAUUAUGGAACAAUUAUUGGGCUGUAUAUUUUCCCCUCAUCCAGCACGUCCAGGGACAAGAUCACCAUUGCCUCUGUGAUGUACACAGUGGUCGCUCCACUGCUGAACCCCUUCAUUUAUAGCCUAAGGAACAGGGACAUGACGGGGGCCCUGGAGAGACUCUUGCACAGGGCAAAAGUCUUGUCUCAAUGA